CGGGCAGCAGUUGCAGGCAGACGCGCCGCAGUGGAGACGGUUCUGCCGAACUCUGGACCAACUCCAACCCGGAGCUCUUUAGGUGGCAGCAGCGGUUCUGCCGGCGUUCCGCCGAACUUCUACCCGAACCUGAGACUUUCAGAAGGUCAGCGGGGAGAUUUUGAUGGAGUUCUACGGAACUGAAAAGUACUUUUGGACUCUGGGUGGAAGGUUCCGGCUGAUCCAGUGAGUGCAGGAGAUGUCCGAGUAGCGGGUCAGAACACCGUCUGCUGUGCCGGCAAUCAUGGAGGCUGUCAGCGGGUGGAGUCCGCAGCAGGUGGAGGACUGGAUGAGAGGUCUGGACGACGUUCUGCAGCAGUACAUCCCAUCCUUCCAGCAGAACCGGGUCGACGGGGAGAAGCUGCUGCGGAUGACCCACCAGGACCUGCUGGUUCUGGGCGUGGUGCGGGUCGGACACCAGGAGCUGGUUCUGGAGGCGGUGGAGAUGCUCUGCUCCCUGAACUACGGCGUGGAGUCGGAGAACCUGAAGGUUCUGGUGGGGAAGAUGAGGGCGGCGCAUCAGAACCUGAGCGCCGUGGUGACCCAGCGCAGGAGGAACCCCGCCUACCAGAACAAGAACUCCCAUCAGCCCUCCAACGAGUUCCUGAGCGCCGUGGUGGAGCUGAUCGCCGCCGCCAAGAGUCUGCUGGGCUGGCUGGACAGGUCUCCUCUGACCAGCCUCAGCGACUUCACGGCCACCAGAAGCAGGAUCAUCCAGCUGUGCCUGGAGCUCACCUCCACCGUGCAGAAGGACUGCACCGUGUUCCAGAUGGAGGAGAAGAUCCUGGAGGUGUCUCAGGCUCUGAACGCCGUCUGUGAGAAGACCGUCCAGGCCACCUCAGACACCUCAAAGACAGGGACCUCCUGCCUGGAGGAGGUCCACAUCACCAACCUCAGGCCUGGAGAGGGACUGGGAAUGUACAUCAAAUCCACCUACGAUGGACUUCAUGUCAUCACAGGAACAAUCGAGAACUCCCCUGCAGAUAAAACUCAACAGAUUCACGCUGGAGAUGAAGUUAUUCAGGUCAACAAACAGACUGUGGUGGGCUGGCAGCUCAAACACCUGGUGGAGAAGAUGAGGGCGGAGUCUGGAAGCAUCACCUUGGUGCUGAAGAAGAGGCCACCAGGAACGUCAGGAAUCGCAGCUGCUCCCCUCAAGAACCUGCGCUGGAGGCCGCCGCUCGUACAGACGUCUCAGGGCCCGCCGGGUCUCUGCAGAGCUCCACAAUCCACAGAAGGAAGAGGGAAGACCAGCAUCCUGGACCUGUACAUCCCUCCUCCUCCUCCAGCAGCUCCAUACGUCCCUCUGGAAACAAAUGUCUCCUCUGUUGGGAGGACGCCUCCCAGCUCGUCUCUGGAUGCAGACGCCGGCCAACACAUGGCUGAGGAUCCUCCUCCUGAAGUCAAGCAGCCGGUUCCGAUCCGCCUUAGGCAGCGCUCCACUUCCCGCUGUAAAGCCCGACCCGUCUCCUUGCCGGUGGACUCCAUCCUGGGCGUGUCCGGCUCCUCGUCCAGACGCAGAACUCAGGGGAGGAAAGGUAGAGACGACCUGCACAGGUACCUGAGCAACGAGCGGAUCGGCGCCAUCGCCGAGGAGGAGCCCUGCUUCCCCCUGCCGUACCGAGGACACCCGUCGGCCCGCGGCGUCGACCACAUCAGAGGCAGCCAGUGCUUCGUCAGCGCCGAGCUGCACAACGGCCCCGCCUUCUCCUGCCAGGAAGCCGCCGCCAAGACGAGUCCUGCAGCUGCUGCUCCUCCGGCCCGAUCCAAAACCUCCACCUCUGUCCUGGGAGGCUGGUUGGCCCGUCUGAGGCUCAUCAGCCACUGAGCAGGAACAAAGCCGCCCGGUACUGGGCCCGGCCCGGUACUGGGCCCGGCACGGUCCGGUACUGGGCCCGGCACGGCCUUCCUUCCCUGGCUCCUCACGGACCAAAUGAAGGGAGUCCUCACACAGAGGCUGGAACCCUCAAGAACCUUCUGAGAAGCGGGAGGUUGAAAUGGUCCAAUUCUGAAGCUGUGAGGAGCCAUGGCGGUUCUGGUCCAAAUCUUCCAGGUUUUUUUUCCACAGGGACACAAAACCAAACAACCAGCAGGGCAAUAUUUAAUCAUUUCAUUUAUUAAUUGAGCCAAAGAUCCGCCUGCGGUUCUGGAACUGCAGGCUGCAGAACCCGAUCUAAAUGUGCCUAAAGCUAAACGUGCAAAACCUCCAGUUUUAAACGAUUGUUAAAUUGUAAAGGUGAGAACUGAAAUUGGUCCAAUGGACCAAUUAGAUACCGUUUCUGUGCCAGCGCAUGUCAUCAUCAGAACCAUCAGAACCAUCAGAACCCGGACCUGCUGCUAGAGUUAGUCGUCUUUCUGUGAUUUCUCGGAUGGAGCUGCGGGGACUCUGCAUGGAAACAUCUGCAUUGUUCUGCUGAGGAGGACCAGAGACCUGAGGACCAGAGACCUGAGGACCUGAGACCUGAGGCAGGUCUGAGGAGACCUGGACGGCUUUAACCUGACCUCUGACCUCCCUGCUCCUAAUGUCUGAGGCUUGAUCUGCUGCAGCGCUAACUCUGCCUUUCCUUCUCCAUGACUUGGAGCUCCUUGUGGUUCCUGGACCUCUCAGAGUCUUUGCUGCGUAGAGAGGACCAACAAGAGAACCCAAAGAGAACCAUAACCAAAGUUUUACUGGCUGGAAGAGAUGAUGCUCGUGUUCUUUCAUACGAGUCGGAUCUGAACCCUGGAUUUAGCUUAAAUAUCUGCACCAUCCAUUGCUCUGAAGGUCUUCCUGCCCAGAUCCUACAGGACCUGAGAACACGUUCCACAGGACAAACAUCAUGAUGUUUGUCCUGUGGAACAUGUUCCACAGGACAAACAUCAUGAUGUUCUGGAGGAGAACAGAACCUGCUAAUUCAGCCCGUCAGCGUUACAUCUCCUCCAGUUAGGUGGAACGUGGAGGUAGCGUCCUGAGGAAAGGUCUGGGUGGUGUUCCUCAGGGAACUCUCAUGGUUUAGACCUCCUGAACUUUUUCCACUGGGUUUUGGUUCUUUUGAGAAGAACUUUGCUUUUACAGCGCAGAGUAAGAAUAGAAGAGAAUAGAAAUCUCCUUUAUUGUCUCUCAGUAGGGAAAUUCAAAGUGAGAGAUGAAUGGAGAAGACAUGAAGGUCUACCAAAGCUUUAAAAAUAUAAAAACAGAAAAAAGAAUGAGAGACAAACUUCUACCACAGAGAUAGUGUAGAGUUAUUAACUAUUAAACUGAGCGGUGGUGUUAAAGCUAAAAAUCUGUGUCCUGCUGAACCUUCAUCCAGACUCAGGAAUCUGAAAGUUGCUCCAGUUUUAAGGAAGCUGCUGCUCUGCAGAGGUCACAUGACCACCUGUAAAAUCCUUAGUUUAUGAAUGUAAACUUGGUUUUAUUUCAUUUCCGUGAACCUGAAACCUGGUUUAUGCUUCAGGGCGUCUGAUGGGUGGAGCGGCUUCUUUAACGUCUGGUUGUAAAAACAUCUACUGAAUAAAGCUGAAUUUAUUUUUAAAUAA